AUGGCUGUGCAAACACAUAUUGCCACGGAGAAAAAGCAUAUAUGGGAGGCUGCUUCCUUGUCUAUUGCUUCUUACGAUGGUAAUGAGCACCUCGUCGAUCAAGCGCGCUUUUCACUUCAAUUAGCGGCUAGCUAUUCAUUUAACCGCAGACACGAGGACGGUCACUGGUAUGGUGAGCUCAAAUCCAAUGCCACUAUCACCGCUGAAUAUGUGAUGUUACGACAGGCUCUUGGGUUGGACAUGUCCCACGAUCGGGAUGAGCUGGUCGCAUGGUUAUUAUCGGACCAGAAUGAGGAUGGGUCGUGGGGCAUUGCGCCAGAUCAUCCUGGAGACGUUUCAACAACCACUGAAGCAUACUUUGCACUGAAGUUAUUGGGAGUCCAGCCAAACAGAGUCCCCUUACGCCGCGCCCGCAAACACAUCCUAUCUACCGGUGGGGCUGCCAAAGUCCGCAUCUUUACCCGUAUUUACUUGGCCACUUUUGGUCUUUUCCCAUGGAAAGCUGUACCUGAGCUUCCGGCGGAACUUAUUUUGUUGCCCACGAUAUCACCCAUUGGUAUCUACCGGCUGUCUUCAUGGGCUCGCAGUACAAUCGUCCCGUUGCUGGUAGUGGCCCAUCACCGGCCAAUUUACUCCCUUCCCAAUGGAAAGUCAGCAUCGAACGAUUUCCUGGACGAACUUUGGCACGACGCUGCAAACAAAGCGGUUCCAUAUUCACCGCCAUUAUGGGACCUGUGGAAAACAGACGUUGUAGCCUUCAUAUUUACCGCAGUCGACACCGCUCUUCACUGGAUCGGUGGCCUGCGGUUAUCUCCUACUCGUGCAUAUGCCCGGAAGAGGUGUAUUGAUUGGAUCCUAGAGCACCAGGAAGCGGAGGGGGAUUGGGCAGGAAUAUUUCCCCCCAUGCAUGUCGGCGUUCUCGCUUUGCGGCUCGAGGGGUAUCAGCUUGACGAUCCGCCGGUGCGGGCAGCACUAGAGGCAAUUGAGCGAUUUGCUUGGCGCCAGGGGGGAAAGAAAAGAAUCCAAGCAUGCUUGUCCCCAGUAUGGGAUACCAUUCUGAUGACAAUUGGGCUUUGCGAUGCCGGUUACGCCUCCCACCUAUCAACUGGGAUAGAUUGGAUCGCCAGCCGUCAGCUUCUGGGACCAGAGGGCGACUGGCGAAUAUACAAACCAAACCUGCCACCAGGGGGCUUCAGCUUUGAGUACUUCAACAAAUGGUAUCCAGACGUGGAUGACACCGCCGCUGCUAUUCUCUCGAUGGUUAAACAGAAUCCCCAAUCAAGAAGCACCUUGCCUGUAACGAAAGCUGCGAUGUGGAUUAUUGGUAUGCAGAAUCAUGACGGUGGGUGGGGUGCAUUCGACGUCAACAACGACAAGCUUUUCCUCAACAAGAUCCCGUUCAGCGAUAUGGAAAGUCUGUGUGACCCUUCAACUACGGACGUCACCGGCCGGGUCUUGGAAGCAUUUGGCCUGAUUAUCAAACUCUCCAGUGAUGGCAAAGACUAUCUACUCAUCGACCGAAUAAAUGUUGCCUGCUGCCGUGCCCUUACUUAUCUGACCCAUCAGCAAGAGACUUCAGGGGCAUGGUAUGGUCGUUGGGGGUCCAAUUAUAUUUACGGAACAAGCAACGUGCUCUGUGGAAUGACGUACUUCUCUGAUGGAUGUACUGUUACGGCUGAGGGUGAUGAUUCCAUUAAAGAUUGCAUGGAUUCCGCAGUCUCCUGGAUAAAGUCUAUGCAAAAUCCUAAUGGUGGCUGGGGGGAAACGCUUGCAUCGUACAAGCAUCCACACCUUGCAGGCCGCGGUCCUUCCACGGCUUCCCAGACAGCGUGGGCACUCAUGGGGCUACUUGCAUCUUUAUCGGCCACGGACAAGGCAAUUCAAGAUGGGGUCAGUUAUUUGUUGCAAACGCAAACCAGGGCCAAUAAUGAAAGCGAGGUCUUUUGGCCCGAGACCUUGCAUACUGGGACUGGAUUCCCAAACCAUUUCUAUUUGGGAUAUUCGUUUUACUCCCAUUACUUCCCUAUGAUGGCUCUCGGACGAUAUGUACACCUGAUGGAGCGUGCGGUAGUGACAGGUUGA